CUUUGCAUAUAUUAUUACUGUGUUGUUACCUGGAUUAACGCACACUAUUUGCAUUGGAAUUAGUGUAUGAAUGUCUGCAAAAGCCUGUCGGUAUGUAUCUUUGUGAUUAACAUAAUCGAGCAGGAAAGUGUGUUAUUUGGUCAGCAGCAUUGUGGCGGUUACACGGUACUGCAGCGUAGUUGGAAGUUCACGUUCAAUAAUUCAAAUUCAGUGGUUCUUGCCUCAUACAUACCGCUAGGCAGAAGUACAAAUUUUGCUUCACAGGAAGGCAGCGCCAUCCAGCGGUGAUAGGUUGUAUUGCAGCAUAGCGCCUAUUUGCAUUUAUGUUGUUCCCUACAUAUCGAUAGAUAUUAAUGUUAUUAAUUCAGUAUCGCAUCCUGUGGCAAUGGUCACUGCAUUUAAUUUAAUGGUUUUCAGAUAUUGUUUAAAUAAUUAAAUAAAUAAAGCGACUUCACUGCCUUCAGACCUGCAUUUUAACUGAGGGAAAAAUCAGAACUGUUAAUUAUUCUACUCCCUGGUAUUUGUAAAUCCUCAGUAAUAUCUAUCUACAACUAAACCAUGCUACUACUAUACGAGACAUUAUACACGAAUGCAGCACAGAGUUUUAGCCAUAGCCUACAACUGGUAAGACGAACUAAUUAAACUACAGUUCCCAGCUGUCAUUGCACCUUCCACUUCUACAAACAAAGAGCCGCGUUGCGUCUACGAUUCGAUGGGUUUUAUAAACGAGACAAGCGCCUGAAAACAAACAAGCACACUUUCAAAAAAGACCAAGUGAUUGCGGCAAGUGUAACAGCAAAAAAGAAAAAAAAAAAAAAGUCCGCCGAGCCCUCGCGCGAUUUCACUACACUUCCGGAAGUCAGAAUGGCAUGAAAGAGAGAACUGUCCGAGGUGCUGACACGAUUUUGUAAAGAUGGAUGAAUCUCAAGAAUUGUCCUCCUGUAUCGCCAACGCCCACAACCCCAGCAGCAGCAACAGCAGCCCUCCCAGCAUUCAACCUGGCAAUGAUCCACAAUGCAAUGGGGUCCCAGAGUGCAGGACCCUGCUGCGGAUGUCUGAGUCACACGGACUCCAGCUGCUGAGCGUGCUCAGAUCAUUUAGGGAGCGGGGCUUAAUGUUUGACUUCACCAUUAAGGUCCAGGGACACAGUUUUUCCUGUCAUCGCUGUGUCCUUGCUGCAUGCAGUGAUUUCUUCAGGGCCAUGUUUGAGGUGGAUAUGCGAGAGCGUGGUGAUGGUUCAGUGACUCUAGAUAACCAGUGCCCUGUGGCAGUGGGUUCUUUCCUGGACUUUGCCUAUUCAGGAGAGACUCUCAUCACUGAUGGCAAUGUAGACGUGCUGUUUCAGCUUGCCUCUUUUCUGCAGGUCUCAGUCCUGUCCCGAGCAUGCAGCGACUUCCUGAUAGGAACCAUGGAUCUUGGCAACUGUCUGUCCCUCUUCUCCCUCGCUGAGGCUUACGGUUCUGCCUCCCUUCUACGAAGUGCCACUGAGUUUGUGAUCCAGAACUUCUCUGAUCUUUCCAAAACACAGGACUUUCUGGAUAUGCAGGUGAAUGUGUUGGAAACAUGCCUACGGUCAGAUGCUUUAAAUGUGCCCAGUGAGGAGGAUGUAGUGAUGUCACUUCUCAAAUGGAUCCGCCAUGAGCUCUCUGGAAGACAAAAACUGUUGCCCAGCUUGUUAUCUCUAACCAGACUCCACCAUCUAACUGAACUCAAGACUCUGCGUAAAUCAGACACUCUCCUGUGCGACAGUGAGUCCUGUCUCGCUCUGCUCUCAGAGGCUCAGAGUCGACAGGAUCAGUACAGUGGCCUGCUCACUGAUGCCAGGUCAGCCACCACCCAGAGCUACAUCUACAUCCACAAGACGGAGGAGAACGGAGAGAUCCGCCACACCUUCUGCUACUGCUUGGAAACAGACCAAUGGAAGGAGCUGGAAACAGCCCAGGGGGAGGGGACAGCAACGAUACCAGACCCACCAGGAUGCUACCUUACCAGCUACGCUGAGAAGAUGUUUGUGACAGGCGGCUGUAAGGGGAACUGUUGCCGGGCAAUACGUCUCCAUGUGGCCGAGCCUUUCCAUGAUGCCACUGACGAGGUUUGGUGCUUCUGUCCUGUGACCCUGUCCUGUACGCCUGCACCGGCAAUGCUGAAGCCCAGGACCAUGCACACGGCUGUAACCUGCCUGGACCGAGUGUAUGUCAUUGGAGGGCGAACCAAGGGAUCCAGAGGGGGAGCACCCAGUCUGCUGGAGGUGGAGUACUACAACCCUCUGACCUGCACCUGGUCCUCAGUCAGCUCGCUGCCAACUGCCAUCUUCUACCCUGAGGCCAGUGCUUGUGGCAGUGUCAUCUAUACUCUGGGAUCAGAGGUGGAGCUCACAGAUUCCUUUAACCCCUCACUGGACUGCUUCUUCAGCUAUAACGCCCAGAAGGACCAGUGGAACCGCCUGGUGGCAGAGUUUGGUCAGUUCUUCCAUGCUACACUGGUCAAGGCUGUGUCAAUUAAUAACACACUGCACCUCUGUGACCUGUCCACUUAUAAGGUCUACAGUUUUUGUCCAGAGACGUGUGUGUGGAAGGGUGCAGGGUCAUUUGAGUGUGCUGGGUUCAAUGCUGGAGCAGUGGGUAUGAGAGACAAAAUCUACAUCCUGGGUGGAGACUAUUCACCUGACGAAAUUACUGAUGAAGUUCAGGUGUACCACAGUGGGAGGAGUCGGUGGGAGGAAGUGGCUCCCAUGCCCAGAGCGCUCACUGAGUUCCACUGCCAGCUUAUCAGCUUCAACAGAUACAGAGACCCAUGGGGUGACGCGGCAUGACGCACAGCUGACCCACACACGCUGAUGAACGCACGCAUGAGUGGAUAUACAUGUGUGUACAGGUACCCAUGAGUCUCUUCGGUGCAUGACGGACAGCUGACAGACCAACACCUCGCAAGAGAAUGACAAUCUUCAACUAACUACACAUCUCUCACAGAUCAUCGUCACACUGAGCCAAACGAUUUAUUUAUUUUUUUAUUUAAAGAUUUAAUCCUUGACUUUGUAUGUGUUAUGCGCCUACUGUCUUAGGAUCUUUCAUGUGUCAAUCAAAGUGUGGUGCCUCCCAUGGAGGAAGGCUAUUGAGAAGAAGACUAUUUAAGAAAUCCUAUUUUAGUAAAUGAAUAUUUAUUUCUGCUUAGUAUGUUUUAAAAGAAGAAUUCACCCAAUGAAAAGCUUACAUUAUCUGUAAAUUUAUCAGCUCUCCCACAGCUAGACUACACAAAAGAAGACUUUGUUAUGAGUUAAGUCAUACAGCCUGAACAGACCAAAUUUUUCUGUUAAGAUUAUGAGAAACAUCUCACAAGUCCCUGUACUAUGUCUUUUUGCCAUAUAAAAAUAUAUUAAAUAAAUAGACAGUUUAGAAAAUACUGUAAUAUUUUCAGAUAAUGGUCUUAGAUGUAGGCCUGUCAUAUGAUGUCACUAGGUAUCUUUCUAAAAUUAAUGACAAGACUGUGUACAUUAUUUGGGUGGAUUUUCUUUUAAAACUACUUGCCUUGAUUCUGCCUCAGACUGUCAUGUAUCUAUGCAUGCCCUCUUUCUCCUCUCUAUGUGCAUCAAUUCUACAUGUGACCAAUAGAUAGAUCACCUGAGCACCUUCAGUCACUGCUUGUUCGAAGGAAAUGUGCAGCUUUACCUGUACCUGUCCAUCAUAAA